UUUAUUACGUCAGCAGUUCUGGGUAAGUCAGACAUUAUAUAGUUGCAGAUUAUUAACUAUUCACUUUAUCCUCUUAAAUAGGUAAAGCUGCUCAUUGAAGAUGAAGUGGCUUCUGUUCAUCAUUCUUGGUUGGUCUUUUGCAGAGGCAACAUGGGGCUGGACGUACCACUACUCAAACAACACAAUGACCUGGUAUAUGGCUAGAAAAUGGUGCCAGGAACAUUUCACAGACAUGGUGGUUAUCCAGAAUCAGACAGAGAACGACUACAUUGUUUCCAUAUUGCCGAACAGAACCAAUAGUCCAUAUUACUGGAUUGGACUCACAAAAGAACACAUAAAUGAAACCUGGAAGUGGGUUGGUAACAACAGCACGUGGGUCGGCGAACAUUCAUGGGCAGAAAAUGAGCCAAACAACAAUCACAUCACCGCGUUUUGUGUUGAGAUCUACAUCAAUAGUGGACAGAACCGAGGGAAGUGGAAUGAUGAGAAUUGUGCUAAAAACAAAUCUCCAGUGUGCUACAAAGCUCAGUGUAAUGAUUCAUCGUGUGUGAAAGGAAGCUGCUGGGAGACUUUAAACAGCACAGCCUGCCUGUGUACUGACGGCUAUGAGGGAGACAAGUGCCAAACAGCUGUGCAAUGCCCCCCUCUGCCUCAGCCUUCUAAUGGGAACUACAGUUGCUCCAAAGAAGGUCAGAUAUUUAACUCAACCUGCCACUUCAAAUGCCAUCUGGGCUUCUUCAUGAUUGGCUCAUCAGCUGUGACCUGUGCGGCUAAUGGCCACUGGACUGGACCGAGGCCUGUUUGUACAAGCUAUAAACAGGCGCUGCUGGCUGUUGCUGGGUGUGGAGCCUUGUGUUCAUUCUUUUGCAUCUGUUUCUGCUGCAUAAGGCACAGAAAAAAGAAGAAACGUGCUCAAGACAGACUUGUCCUUCAUAGGGAGCCUGAAGAUGCAACAAGUCCACCCAGUGAUGUAAAUGGAGGAACAAGCGGAAACACACUCACACCCUAACAAAAUAUGCAGAUAAUUAUUAUAGAAUACAGAUUUUUAUAUUUAUUUAUCACCUGACCAAUUUAUUUACUAUCUGUCUGUUGUCAAGUACUCUAUAAAAAUAAAGGUUGCAUAUCACAUGUCUAAUAGAUUAAGAUUUUGUA